UAUAAAGAGCAUUGACCUACUUUUCUCCCUAAUUGCUUCCUUUCCUUUUAAUUUAGCUCUACUUUUCCUUUUCUUUGUGUCUGUGUCUGAAACAAAAACCUUUCUUUUUUCCCAUCUCAAUCCACCCCAUAGAUCAAGACAAUCAACAAGCAUGUUUGGAUGUCCUGAGACAGAAAGAAUAGAUGAGAUAGCAAAGAAGGUGAAGAAAGAGGGAGAAUUAUUAUUAUCAUCAAGUUGUAGUGAAAGUGAAAUAGAAAUAAUGGGGAGGAAGCAAAGCUUAAACACAGUGACACCAUGUGCUGCUUGCAAGCUUCUUAGAAGAAGGUGUGCUGAGGAGUGUCCCUUCUCUCCUUAUUUCUCACCACAUGAGCCUCAAAAGUUUGCUGCUGUUCAUAAAGUCUUUGGUGCAAGCAAUGUCUCCAAGAUGCUCAUGGAAGUAGGAGAGGGGCAAAGAGCAGAUGCCGCAAACAGUUUGGUAUAUGAAGCAAACUUGAGAUUAAGAGAUCCAGUUUAUGGAUGCAUGGGUGCAAUUUCAGGUUUGCAGCAACAAAUUCAAACAUUGCAAGCAGAAGUCAAUGCUGUUAGGGCUGAGAUUCUCAAAUACAAAUAUAGAGAAGCUGCUGCCACUGCCACUGCCACUCUCAUUUCCAUGAAUCAUCAUCAUCAUCAUCAUCUUCCAUCUAAUAAUAAUAAUAAUCAAGCACCAAUUAUAAUCAAUAAUAAUAAUGAUAAUAAUGCUGCAAACUCUUCAUCACAACAACAAGGUAUUUCUCAACCUCCUCCUCUUCCUCCUCCGCCUUUGCGCCCUGCGCCGCCAAAUCCAUCUUUACCUUCACCUUCUACUGUUGUGCUUUCGUCGUCUUUGUCUUCGUCUUCGGCUUCUUCUGUUUACAACAACACUCCACCUAAAACCACAUUGAGUCAUGGAUCCAUUACUAGUGAAAGUGUUCCUUACUUUGCUUAAUUAAUUAUUUGGUCUAAUAAUUAAUUAGUAUGAUGUCCAAUUUUUGUUUCUUUUUUAUUUUUAAUUAAAAUAUUCAUUAUUUUGUGUGGGGAAAUUGAACAACCAUGCUACUAAUUCCAACUCUUGUAUUUCUCUUAGCUUGAGUCACGGCCUUAUAUUUUAAUUUGGUCUUCUCUCCUGUUUUGGUUGGUUGAGAGAGCUUCAAUUAUGGGGAAGGGAAAUCCACAUUCAUUAUUAUUGUUCCCCAGUGAUACUCUCAACUUGUAGUAGUAUUCUUUAUAUUUCUUUUCACAUGCGCAUAUAUAUUAUGAUGAGUUUAAUGCGCAAAAAAUAGUGGUUCAAUUACACAGGUUCUUCUAGAUGAUCAUUUUCGUGUUAAUAUGAAAAGAGCAAUGCUAGGGGCCAGCAAUUUUUGUGAUUAGUAGCCAUCAAAAAACCAUCAAUGAUGAUUUAAUGGUGUGAGAUUGAUUUGAGAUUUCAUCUAGUGGCUCAUUUUUCUCUGUUAAUUACAUGCUGGCCAAAAUUUAUUAAAAUUGCUGCCUCCUAAACUUUUCCAUAUAAAAAAUAGUUAUUUUAUUUAUCAUGAUUAGAUAUACAUGUAUUUUACAUUUUAUACUUUUUCAAUUAUGUAAAAAUAAUGCAUUCGGAGUGUAGGCACAGUUAAUUAGCAUAUAGAUUACGUCCCGUAUCUUUUUAUCAAUUUCAUGCAUGUAUUGCAAUAUAAUUUUCAUGGCGUAUACUAUUUUCUUUCUCUUAAUUAGAAGGUAGUAUUAAUCUUUUCAAGGAAAUAUAAAACUGAUGAAGGGAAACUGUAAUAAUCUAGACUCUUCAAUCUACAUAUUGAGAAGGGAAACUGCAUAAUCAUAAAUUAUUAAUAAGGGGAACUUAAUACUCUAUCACCCAAUUUUAUUCAAUAAAUAAAUAAAUUCAUUUAUUAAUUUUUCUUUAAUUAUCUUUUUAUCCUUUUUCAUUUUUUCCCUCUCCUCAGUACAUAUUUUUUGCCCACAAUUAUUAGCCACCCACCACCACCGUCGCUGUUGGCUUCCAUCAUAGUUC